GGGGCGCUAGCGGGCGGGCUUUAGUCUGUGCGCAGUAGUGAGAGUCCAGUCCAGCUUCUAGUAGGCGACAGGCGCGAGAAGUACCAGUCGCUGCUGCGAGAACGAGCGCUCCGGUCCCGCCGCCUGCAGCUAAGGGAAGAAAAAAAAGGAACGGUUGACGGCCGCCGUCCGGCAUUGCCGCUUGCUCCGCCAUGCCGAAAAGAAAGGUAAACGCAGCCGAAGAAGAACCCCAAAGGCGAUCAGCACGACUGUCAGCUAAACCUGCUCCUCCCAAAGUUGAAACAAAGCCAAAAAAGGUAGCUUUGAAGAAUAAGUCUGAAGAAAAGAAAGCUCAAAUCAAAGGGAAAAGAGGACCAAAAGGGAAACAAGCUGCAGUGAUUAACAAAGAUGAAGUAAAGGAUUGCUUGCCUACAGAAAAUGGAGAAGCUAAAAGUGAUGAGGUCCCAGCAUCUGAGGCAACAGGAGAGAAAGAAGCAACAUCUGAGUAACACCUUGUACAAAAUCUCUAAUCAGUGGUUCUUGUACCACCAUCUUGUACAAUUCAGAGGAAUAUUUUUAUCAGCUAUUUUGUAAAUGCAAGUUUUUUAGUGGUUUUAGAAAACACAUUUUUAAACAUGAGGCGAUCCCCCAUAUCCCACUUACUCUAACUGAGAGUAAAUGCUUUGUUGAAAAGGUAAAAAUCAUGUGGUUGUAUACUGCUUGUACAACCAACAAUUUAACGGAAUGUUAAAUUAAGAGACGAUUGUAAAAUCAUAAUUACUUAACAUUCCGCAGGCCAGGAUCAGCAAUUUACAAGUGGCUCUUCAAUGUUAUUUUAUGUCGGAAUUUGGUUAUAAUAAUGAAUUUAGCUGAAUUUGAAUAUGUAAUGGGAAAAGUCCAGUAUAUAUUGGUAUGUUCUCCAGAGGUAAACAAGUUACUCAUCACUGUACAUUUGAGGGAUGAUUUUUCUAACCUGAUAACAAGCAUGCGCAACAUAAGACUUCCAAGAUUGUGAUGAGUAGGAAAAUGCCUUCUUGCUUAACACUUAUCCUCGAUAUGUGACAAAUUAAUUGCUUCCUCAAUAAAAACUUCCCUGGUGUUGGACCUCCCUUUCAGAUUUGUUUUAUCAAUGACAGAGUUAUUUUUGGUAGUGGUAGUUUAUUUUUUCAACUGUUUUGUAAUUGCAUUGUGAAAGAUUGGAAAUCUGGGUGUGUAGUGUGUGUGGUGUUCAAUUAGUAAGUAACACUUCUAGUUAAGCAGAUGUAACUUCACAAAAGAGUUUAAAACACUGGUACUUUUCUAUUUUGAGAGAACAAUCUAUCAAAAGUCAUAAUGUAUUAGAUGAAAACUAUGCUGUUUAUAUUCAAAUUCUGUGUGGUUCAUCAAAUAAUGAAAUCUUGGUUAGGAACUUUUUUUGUUGCCUGAAAACUAGCUUAAAUGGUUUGAUGUCUGUACUAUGAAAGUAAUUUGUGGUUGUAAUAGUACAAUAUAUGUUUUCUGUCUGAUACUGAAUAUUCAUACUUCACUCUAUUGACUGGUUUUAGUAGCUAUUCUAGAAUCUUUUUUUCAGCAACUAUAAAAAGAGUCCUAAUCCAUAUUCCCAGUAAGAAGUGUGCUUCGUAUGUAUGUGGCAAUAAAAGGAUGUGUACAAUGAA